CGGUGGGGGCCAUAAUAAGAGCGAACGCAAGCCGAAGCCAACCAAACCCAAACCACAAUCCUUCCAAUCCCCUUCCUCGGCGAUCGCCUCCGGUGCUUCCGACCUCCUCCCGUCGCCUCCGCGGAGCUCGAAUCCGUCCCCUCCUCCGCCCGUCCUAGCUCCAAUGGGUUUCAUCCAGAGCACCUUCUCGCUCCUGGUCGGCGCGGCGGGCGGCAUCUACAUCGCCCAGAACUACGACGUCCCCAACAUCAAGAACUACAUGCAGGGCCUGAUGGGCAAGGCCAAGGAGCUGGACCAUGCCUACAAGAAGCCCGAGGAUGGCAGCAAGAACAAGGCUUAGUCAGCCCGCUCCCCCACCCAAUCCAUCCAUGAGAGCAUGACCGACCGCUUAGCAUGCUAAUUGUUAUUACUAUCACUUAGUAGGUUCACUAUAUAUGAUUUGAGCAAUGACUCUGUCCUCUCCGUCUUAAGACUCUGUCCUGGGGAUGAAAAUAGUUGAUGAUGGCGGCACGUUUGUGAAUGAACCAAUGAAUGGAUGAAAGACCUGUUAGACUGCGUGAUUCAUGACGUUUU